AUGGCGGACGACCCCCGCAGUUCGCUGCACGACAUGCACGCCACGGCAUCGCGAUCCGAUACGCUCACCACCUUCGACGACCUCACAGCGCCUCCAGCACCGGCAGUUGACGAGCCCAAGGGCGCAGAACUCGUGUCGGGCGGUCUGAGUGGCCUUUACAGCCGUUUGCGAGCGUCGGUGGGCGGUGUCAAGGAGCAAACCGCAGCAGAUGGAGACGGUGCAGCCACAGCAACAAGCAAAGCAGCCGCCAAACUCGGUCCUGCACCCCGCAGUCCUGGAGGAACUGCAUUGCCGUCGCCUGUCGUAUUCUCUGGGCCGUCCUCGAGGCUGCAGUCGCCGUCAGUGCCAAGCUUUCCUGAAGCGCUGCCCCCAUCACGGGACUCGAGCUCAUCCGUCGCUACGCUGCCUGGCAAACACUCGCUAAAUGCCUCCAAGACGUCUCUUGCUACCACCAGAUCCAGGCCCUCCAUAGCCCCAAGCAUCGAGCCCGGCAGAUCCCUGAAAGAGGAGGACGCAUUUGCCCAUAGUCCUACCAGUACUCACUCUCGCGUGCAGAGCCUGUCCAACCACGACCUUCCCAAGAACACCGCGACCAAGGACUCUGCCACUGGCCCACCGCCCGCAAAUUCUCCCCGCUUUCCGUCCGGCAAGUCCUUCAGGGACAGAAAGGGCGACAUGGACCUCGUGGGCCAGGAAAGUGACACAAGCGAGGACGACGAUGUAGUAGGGGAGGGUUACAAGGACGCAGCUGGUCCCGCGGGCAACUUCAAGUUUCCAUCCGAUACACCUCGCCAGAGUCUUAGCAAGGUCAGUUCUCGGGCCGAUAACCAGUAUCAAACGGCUCGUCCCGCCAGUAAGGCAGCAAGAGACCAGCCCGACAACCGCGGCGAGAACACUGAGGCGCCACGAAUCACAUCCAACGCGCGAGUGCCCGCUGGAGCUCAAGAACCUCAACGGCCGCCGUUGCUCAAAGUUGGCCCUUCGCACUUACCAGGAUUUCGCCCCUCAAGAGCAUCUUCCUCUGAUGGCUUGAGCUCUGUGAUAACCACUUCUACCAUUCGCACUCCUACCGUAGCACCCAUAGAGGAGAUCCAACGCGUCACUCAGGCCCGGCCCGCCGUAAGCAGAAUGCCAACCAACGCCUUCUCGCAGAUGCGCAGGAAGAUCCUUGACAGGGAAUUUUGGAUGCGCGAUGAGAACGCCAAAGACUGCUUCAACUGUGGUGACACCUUCACUACUUGGCGACGCAAGCAUCAUUGUCGCACAUGUGGCCAAAUAUUCGACUCAAAAUGCACCUCCAUCAUCUCAGAUGAUGGCGACCAAGCAUCCCUUUAUGACCACGGUGAGUCGACCAGGGACUUCGACGAUGAGGUCGUGGAGCCUACAGAAAGCGACCACACCAAGAUAGGCACCCCGACCAUCAGUAUUCCCAUGUCGCGGAAGACUGGUAGCGACAAGAAGCGUCGAUCGCACGUGAUUGAAGUUGGCCCUCAGACCCUAGCGCGACCAAGCUCGUCCCGUUCACUGCGAUCUCUUGGUGGCAGACCGCGCUCUUCGAGCCAUAAGCGCCAUCCUUCAAGGCAUCAACACAUGCGUCACGUCAAGCACGAUGAUCGUGCACCCUUCCACCAAUACCUGGAUAAUGCGCGCCAACCGAGUCUGCCAGCAUUUCACCAUGAUAAUAUCAUCGAUCCGGAUCUCGCACCGUUCAUGUCGGAUGAAGGAUCUAGUGAAGAGGAGCAAGCGAGUCUCUUUGCAACCUUGAGGAAUGACACGUCCGAGAGUACACAACUAGAAAACGAAAGAGUAGGUCUUGGUGGUUUGUUGGCUGCGAUGAGAAAGGGCAAGCAACGGGCGGGUGACAGGAGCGUCGCAAGCGGUGGUCAUGCUCGCGACACCGACAACAUCAGUAUCACGAGCCGCAACCCUCAACGCACUAAUCGAAGAAGGAACUUGAGCUGCACAGAUGACGUGAAUCCUGAUGUCGAUAGAGGCGAUGACAUUGACAUUAGAAAUUACAUCAAACUGAAGAAGAUCCCUGGUGGAAAACCUCGCGAUACAGCUUAUGUGUCAGGAGUCGUCUUUUCUAAGAAUGUUGCUCUACGAAGUAUGCCACGCAAUAUCCUAAACCCGCGACUCGUCAUCAUAACUUUUGCGAUUGAGUAUGCACGCCACCAAACGCACUUUAUGAGUCUGGAGCCAGUCAUUGCCCAGGAGAGAGAGUACUUGCGCAAUCUUGUCAGCCGCAUUGCGGCACUGCGCCCACAAGUUCUGCUUGUAGAACGCAAUGUUUCCGGUCUUGCUCUAGAAUUUCUCGAGAAGGAAGGCAUCGCGGUCGUGUACAACGUUAAAGCAGCUGUUCUGCACGCUGUGGCACGAUGCACUCAAUCGCGGAUGAUCUCAUCAGUCGACAAACUGGCCAUUGACCCAAAUCAUCUUGGACGCUGCGGGAGCUUCGACGUAAAGACCUAUCUGCACAAGAACAUCAGGAAGACCUAUGUUUUCUUGUCCGGCUGUCAAAAGGACCUGGGCUGUACAAUCGUGCUGCGAGGUGCAGAGAAUGAAGAGUUGGUGAAGCUAAAGCGCAUUACUGAAUUCAUGUCAUACGUGGUCUACAAUCUUCGACUUGAGACAUGUCUGAUGCGGGAUGAGUUCAUCGAUACUCCUACCACAUCAAUCACCGGGACCCUGUCUUCAAGCCAGGGCGAAGAAGAUAAAGCGAAGCACUCACAAAUCGCAGGUGGUACUCACAGUCAAUCAAAAUCUGGAACAGAAUCCGGAACUGGCAACGAUCAAGUCACUGGGAACGAAGGAGAUAUUGAAGACGCCGCUCCAUCAUACUACAGCGAUAUGGUUGAGGACCACCGUACCAAGAUUCUUUCCUCUUCGCCUUUCGUCAAAUUUAUGCAACCAUACUUGCUUGAGCAGGCUCGCCAAUAUGAACAGAAACUCGGACAACUGAAGAAGCUGAAAAACCAAUACACUACCGAAGACGGUGAAGAAGACAUUGAAGAUACCGAGCAGCAAUUUGAGCUCGUGCAACCCGAGAUGGUACAUACUGUGGUGCAAAAGGCUUCGAAGCAAGUGCGUGAGUUUCUGUCAGCCGUACACGCAUCUGAAUACGACAAAGCCCUGCAUCACUACAUUACACAAAAACGCCAAUGGGAAACUUAUGUGUCGGGUAAUAUGGAUCUCUACGAUCCUUUCAACCACCAGAAAAUUGCUGUCCUGUACAGUGUUGUCAACACAGCCACUUCGACUCCCUGCAUCGGGCCUGAGAUCAUAGCCCUCGGAUUCUACCAGGAACACGAUUAUGACGACGGAUUCACCCCCGACUGCACACUGGGGCAAUAUGUGGAGGAUCUCUGCACUUCUGCUGGUGUGGUGUGCGAAGUUGACAACUGCAAUCGCAGAAUGCUGGAUCACUCGCGUCAGUAUGUACACGGAGAGGGGCAGAUGAGCGUUAUCGUUCAAAAGCAGCCACCAAAGCUUAAGGGGCUUUAUCAGACCAUCCUCAUGUGGAGCUGCUGUAGGAUAUGUGGCCAGGAGACGCAGACAUUCCCAAUGUCUGAGUGGAGUUGGAAGUACUCGUUCGCAAAAUACCUUGAACUGACUUUCUGGAGUACGCGACUUCAUCCGCGGGCUGAUCUAUGUCCGCACGACAUCAAUAAGGACCACGUCCGCUAUUUCGGGUACAACAACGUUGCCUUGCGUAUUCAAUACGACCCCGUACCCCUGUACGAGGUCACUGUCCCAAAACCAAACGUUACUUGGAAAGUCGACAGUGACUUAAGGCUGAAGAACGAACAAUAUCUUAAGAUCGAAGAGAGGCUGGAUUGCUUCAUGAACUCGGUCUUGGACAGAAUACAGGACAUUCAUCCCGACAGCGUCAUCCCUGAGAAAGUGGAUCUGUGUCGUAAAGAGGUUGACCGGCUUGUGAGACGCGCAAACGAGGAUCACGCGUGGAUGAGACACAAGCUUCAAGACAAGUACAUGAACUCGAAAUACUACGAGAUCAUCCCCAUGAACCGGGCAAUUCGUGCCAUACAAGAAAAGGCGAUUGCAUGGGAUGAGACCUUCCUGGACUUUGAGCAGCAAUUCUUCCCAUCCGAGAAGGAUAUCCGACGGCUCGCUACUCUGCAACUGAGGAAGUUCUUCCUUGAGCGGGAUGAAUCUACGAGCUCAUUGACCUCGGUCGAAGAAGGUGCAGAGUCGGGUGCUGAAGAUGUGGACAUGGACGAGAAAGAUGCGGCUUUGGCGCUCUCACCUAUGCCCUCCAAUAUGUCGCCCGAAAAGGCUCAAGAUAUGCUCGCGUCUGUGGUGCACGAGGAGCACUCUGUCGACAGCAGCUCAACCGAGAAAGGGCCCGCCUCACCCCAAACACCAACGCCUUCGACACCUUCGAAAGGAUCAUCUGACUUGUCGAUUCAGACUCACCGAGAAGCUAUAGAGCGAGACGACGUGCGUCAUCUUGACCUAGCGCUGUCAUCGAACUUUUCAGAUCAGCCAGUCUCAAACGAAGACCUUCUCAAGACACCAACACUGGCUGCUCAAACUGCCCAGGAUGCUCAAUACGAUCAGGGCUCGCCCACACCCACCAGCGUUCCAAAAAUCAAUCCCAUCGACCGAUCUCUAGCCGAGGCUAUUGAAAAUAUGCCAACCUCUCCGUCUCCACAGCCCAACAGCAAUGUGCCACUUGAGAGUAAAAUCCCUCGCCUGGUGGAUAAUGGUCGACGAGAGGCUCCACAAAGACCGACCUCAUUGAUCAGAACACAGUCGCAGCCCGGCAACGUUCCAAAGCACACGCCUCCCUCCAUCGCUUCUAUGCUCCCCGCUAGCAGUUUCAAUACACCAAAGCCGGCCAUGAGUGACUCAAUGAGAGCUCUUGAGCGUAUGGGUGAGCGUCUAGGGAUGGGCACUAUGAAGCAAGGCAAGUCAGCAUCCAGGAUCCCGCGGUCAAUACCCUUCAAGCAAAGCAGCAAGGUUUCUAAGCUCGCUGAACAUUUUGAACAACUGUCCCGUGAGUUCCAGAAAGAACGCAUGCGCGAGCGCAGAGCAGAUCGCAGUCGACAGAUCCGUGCAUACCCACUUGCAUCGUCGAAGCCGGUCGUCGAGGUGUACAGGGACGUUCACGAGGCGGUUCAAGAGCACAAUGCAUCAGACGAAGACAUGCUUUCUACUUCACCUCCACGCACCAGUAUGGACGAUAGCACGCUUGGUGAUAGUGCUUUCCACGGGACAACUCCUACCACUGUAGAAUCUCAGUCUCCAGUUGAUGAACGUUACCCCCACAAUGUGGCUGUUGAGUACAGCGAGCAUGAAGAGCAACCGCUCACGUCCACCAAUCCUCCCUCUGUGUCGGAUAUCGAAAACGAUAUCAGUGAUAUCGACAUCGCCGCUGAAGAUGUUCCACUUCCAGAUAGUAUUGCAAGCUCCCAGCUCAUGAAUAUGAGCGAGUCUCAGCUUGAAAGCUCUUUGGAGCUACCUAGGCACGAAAAGACCACGCUAUUGAAGAUGCUCACCAAUUUUUGGUCUGAGCGUUCUUCUAGCGGGUGGGCUCCACUGGACUACCCCUUUGCGCCCAUGGAACACGUCUGGGAAGAUUCGGACAUCAUCGUUCGCGAAGAUGAGCCUAGUUCCAUCAUCGCACUCGCUUUGUCAAGCCCGGACUAUCUCACGAAGUUACAAAGCUUUCGUGACGACCCUUGGGCUGCCAAGAAAGAGUUCGAGAAUCUAGAGACUAGAGACGAUUCCAUCGAAAGGAACCUGCUGCAUGAGGUUAACAGCAACAUCCGCUACUCCUUCACCAAUCGCGGCGUCAGAGUCCAAUGUAAGAUCUUCUUCGCUCAGUCCUUCGAUGCACUACGCCGUAAAUGCGGCGUUGCAGACCGCUUCGUUGAGUCACUUUCUCGCUGCUCCAAUGCAAAGUCUAUCUUCCUCAAAACAUUGGACGACCGCUUCGUCCUCAAGUCGCUUUCUCCUAUCGAGGUUCAGGCAUUCUUCCGCUUCGCCCCCAACUACUUUGCCUUCACGCAUCAAAACUUAUUCAAAUCGCUCCCAUCCGUUAUCGCCAAGAUGUUUGGUCUCUUCCAGGUCCAAAUUAAGAGCCCUGCUGGCCGCGACUUCGACUGGUUCAUGCUCGUCAUGGAAAACCUGUUCUACGACCGCGAACCCAACCGGCGAUACGAUCUCAAGGGCAGCAUGCGUAAUCGCAAAAUCCAAUCCACUGGUGAGCGCGACGAAGUCCUGCUGGACGAAAACCUAGUCGAUAUCAUCUACUCUGAAACCCCAAUUUUCGUUCGCGAACAUACCAAGAAACUUCUCAAAGCGUCCGUGUGGAACGAUACCUUGUUCCUCAGUCAGAACAAUGUCAUGGACUACAGUCUCAUGGCUGGCUUCGAUGACACGAAUCGCGAGAUCAUUGUCGGUAUCAUUGAUUGCAUACGCACGUAUACUUGGGACAAGAAACUCGAGAGCUGGAUCAAGGAUCGCGGCAAGAACAAGCCGACCAUUACCUCGCCCAAGGACUACCGCAUGCGAUUUCGCGUCGCCAUGGAGAAAUACAUUCUCCAGGCGCCAAAUUGCUGGCAUCAGUUCAGCGGGCGCAUUGUUCAGCAAGGUAAUGAGAGGAGUAGAGGAGUGCUAGAAGGUCCGGGCGCAAAUACGGGUGCCGGUGGAAGUGGGAAAGUCAGAGGUCAUAAGAGGAAUACUAGUGGGAGCAGUGCGGGUGGGAAGAUGAGGAGGAGAGGCCAAGGCACGGUUGUUGCGCUGGAAUGA